AUGAGCUCGACACCAGCCCAUGGCGGCGACAAGGCCACUCCCAGCAAUGGCGAACCGUCGGUCAGACAGCGUGUAGGCUCACUGGCCGCCGUCAAUGCCGACUCUCUGUCCCAGCAUAGCUUGAAGGCCCCGACAGUCAAGCCUGCCGCUGGCACCUCGUCGCAGCAGCUUCCCCUCCACCCGCGCAAGUCGUCGGGCGCCGCUCCAGAUCUCGACCCUUACUCGGCUUCGCACAUCUACUAUGGCGCCUCGCACAACAAGAGAAACGUCGCCAAGGCUCGCACCUACUCGGCCGUGANNGUUGACCCCGGUGCUCGCGCAACCCUUGCCCAGCAGAUGGAAAACACGACCCAGCGCCGCUUGAGUCACGGUAAGACGGACGACCAUUCUCUCUCAACCAUCACGGAACUGACCGUGACAACCANNGACGAACAAGGAGACCAGCCCCGUCGCUACCUCAUCAACGUCGCCGACACGCUCGAGGCCCUACUGCACCGUGAAGACUCGGACAACAACCAGCAAAUCACCGUCGAGGACGUCGGUCCCAAGACGAUUCAACUCGGCACUGCUGGCUCAGGAGGCUACAAGACAUUCGACAUUCGCGGCACAUACAUGCUUUCCAACCUGCUGCAGGAACUCACCUUGGCCAAGGAGCACGGUCGUAAGCAGAUUGUCCUGGACGAGGCUCGUCUAUCCGAGAAUCCUGUCAGCCGCCUGUGCCGUCUUGUCAAGGAUUUCUUCUGGCCCAACCUGACCCGCCGCAUCGACGGUUCCAACAUUGCUCAAGUCGGCAAGGACGCCAAAGACUGGACCGACAACCCUCGCCCUCGCAUCUACGUCCCUCGUGGCGCUCCUGAACAACACCAAUACUACAGCCGCAUUGCCCGCGAACAUCCUGAUAUGAACCUGGAUGUCGUCUGGCUUGCCCAGCACCCUGAUAACGAAGAGUACGUCCGUGACUUGAACGAAGCUCCCGGUCUUCUCGCUCUCGAGAUGGAGAGAGUAGAGGACACCCCUGCAGGUGAGCCCGACUUCAAGGGUCUGCCCUUCAUCGUGCCCGGUGGUCGCUUCAACGAGCUCUACGGCUGGGACAGUUACAUGACUGCUCUCGGUCUUCUCAUCCACGACCGUGAAGAUCUCGCCAAGAACAUGGUCAAGCACUUCUGCUUCGAGAUCAAGCACUACGGCAAGAUUCUCAACGCAAACAGAUCUUACUACCUCUGCCGUACUCAGCCUCCCUUCCUGACCGAUAUGGCCCUCCGUGUCUUUGACCGCAUCAAGGAGCAACCCGACGCACGCGAGUUCCUCAAGAUCUCCAUUCUCGCUGCCAUUAAAGAGUAUCACAGCGUUUGGACGGCUGCCCCUCGUUACGACCCCAAGACCGGACUCUCGUGCUACAGACCCGGCGGUAUUGGUGUUCCGCCAGAGACUGAAGCCACUCACUUCGUCCACGUGCUUGAGCCUUACUGCAAGAAACACAACAUGACGUUCAAGGAGUUCGUCCACGCCUACAACUAUGGCCACGUUUACGAGCCCGAGCUCGACCAAUACUUCCUCCACGACCGCGCUGUCCGUGAGUCAGGCCACGACACUUCUUACCGUCUUGAGGGCUCUGCUGCUCACCUUGCCACUGUCGAUCUCAACUCGCUUCUCUACAAGUACGAGACUGACAUCGCUCGCACCAUUCGCAACUACUUUGGUGACAGCCUUGCUGUUCCUGCUGAGUUCUGUGUUGGUGACCAGAAGCCUGGCCAUGUUGAGACGUCAGCUACCUGGGACCGUCGUGCCAAGCGUCGCAAGCAGACCAUGGACAAGCUCAUGUGGGACGAGGAGAAGGGCAUGUUCUUCGACUACAACAUCGUCAAGAACGAACACACAGGAUACGAGUCCGCCACAACCUUCUGGGCAAUGUGGGCUGGCGCUUGUACUCCCCGCCAAGCCGCUCUUCUUGUUGAAAAGGCUCUUCCUCUAUUCGAAGAGCUCGGUGGUCUCGCCGCCGGAACUCAAAGAUCCCGUGGUGAAGUCGGUCUCAGCCGUCCCAACCGACAAUGGGACUACCCCUUCGGAUGGGCACCUCAACAAAUUCUUGCCUGGACUGGUUUGGUAAGAUUUGGUUACGAGGAUGAAGCCAAGAGAUUGGCUUACCGCUGGGUAUACAUGGUCACCAAGGCUUUUGUCGAUUUCAACGGUGUUGUCGUCGAAAAGUACGAUGUCUGCCACCCUCAGCAUCCUCACAAGGUUGCUGCCGAGUACGGUAACCAGGGUAGUGACUUCAAGGGUGUUGCCAAGGAAGNNGGUGAAUUCGGAUGGGUCAACGCCAGUUACGUCUAUGGUGUCGCUCUUCUUGAUGCCCACAUGCGCCGCGCAGUCGGUGCCUUGACUCCUUGGGAGACUUACCAGAAGGCCACUUCGCUGCAUUGA